CAAAUUUUUAAUGACCAAUUGAUUCUGUUUUCAUAUUCAGUGCGAAUCUGAAAUAUUUACAUUAUUUACACUUCCGGUAUGGCUGAAAGCGAAGAAAAAGCCCCUCCUUUGCAAGAAAAGGGAGAACUUGAUGAGGAGAGGCAGACUGUUAUAUCUGUAGACACACCCUCUGGUCAAGAGGGUCCUGGGGCUCCACCUUCUAUACCUCAGAUACCAGCACAGCCUAAACCUAAGCCAAGAAAAGCCCCUGAGAUUCCAAUAUUUGAGCGUCGGAAUUGGCUUAUUCACUUACAUUAUGUGAGGAAGGAAUAUGAACAAUGUAAACAGUUAAUCAAAGAGCAGCUUGGAGAAAGUGGGGGGAUGUGUGAAUAUGCUGUAUAUGUUCAAGCAUUGAUUUUAAGAAUGGAGGGUAAAAUUCAAGAAUCUUUAGAGUUGUUUCAAACAUGUGCCUUGCUAAACCCAAGCAUUGGGGAGAACCUUAAACAAGUGGCUAGAUCUUUAUUUUUGUUGGCAAGACAUAAAGCAGCUAUAGAUGUGUACAAUGAGGCUGAGAAACUGAGUGUCAAUGACUGGGAAAUUUGCCACAAUAAAGGUGUUUGUUACAUGUAUCUGAAAGAAAUGGAUAAGGCGAAGGAAUGUUUACAGCGAGCUAUAGGGUUUAAGAGGCACGAGAUAUCGUAUGUUAUGUUAGGCAAGGUAUAUCUCAUCAAUAGUGAUAUACAAGGAGCUAUUGAAGUAUACAAGGGGGCAGUAGAAUUUUCACCUGAGCAUCCAGAUAUGUUAACAACCCUUGGACUUCUUUACAUGCAGGUUGGACAGUAUCAGAAAGCCUUUGAGAAUCUAGGUAAUGCUAUGACCUAUGACCCCAGUCAUGUGAAGGCCAUCAUGGCUGCAGGAAGUAUGAUGCAAAGUCACGGAGAUUUCGAUGUUGCUCUCACCAAGUACCGUGUGGCGGCCGUAAGUUCACCUGAGAGUCCCCCACUGUGGAACAAUAUUGGAAUGUGCUUCUUUGGAAAGAAAAAAUAUGUAGCUGCAAUCAGUUGUUUGAAGCGAGCAAAUUACCUGGCACCGUUUGAUUGGAAGAUAUUAUAUAAUCUAGGACUUGUUCAUCUGACAAUGCAGCAGUAUGCCUCCUCUUUCCACUUCCUGAGUGCCGCCAUUAACCUUCGACCUAAAAUGGCUCAACUAUUUAUGCUCCUUGCUGUAUCAUUAACACACCUUGAAGAUGCCGACAAUGCUAGACAGGCCUACGAACAAGCUUUACAGAUAGAUGACAAGGACCCAAUGAUUUCCCUCAAUUACUCUGUGUUCCUAUAUAAUAACAAUGACAGAAAAAUGUCUCAGAAACAAUUUGCAAAGUUUGAAUCAAAAGUGAAAGGACUAAAGGGCAAUGCCAACCCUUUGAAUACAGAUCCUGAGGUUCAAGAGAUUGCUAGCAAAAUGGCCGCCGCUCUUCAGGUAGGAGAUAGUUUAGUAUGGAAGGAUAAACAACAAGCCGAGAAUAAACCUUCAGCACCACCAGCCGAGGACGUUCACGCUAAGCAGCCAGCUAAUGUGAAGGAACCGGAACCUUACAGAUCUGGAGUAGGUCCAAGUCCAGCACCAGGUACUUUGAGCCGUGCAGCAACAUCCACCGGUGUCGAAGCAGAUAUUCCACCAACUCCAGAUAUAUCACAAACACCGGUUCCAGGUUUCCGGGCAAACAGAGACGAAAUCCCAGAAACACCUUUACCGAACCUACCACCGGGAGAAGAGCCAGAUCAACCACCACCGACUCCAACUUUCCACCCUCCACCUGGAGAACCUAUGCUUCAGAAGAAAGCUGGGGAUUUAUCCUCACUGCCUACUCCAUUUGGAAGGACCAUUCCUCCGUUACCAUUCAAACUUGGUGGCGGAAAGUUACCACCAGUUCAAGGUCAAGGUCAAGCUCCACCAGACCUUGACAAUCUUCCAAGUCCUCCACAAGAUGAAUUACCAUCUUACGAGGAGGUGGAGAUGGCAGAUAAACUUUCUGGAAAAAAGAAAAAGAAAUCCAAAGAACCUGUUCCAGAACUUGAAGCAUUGUAGUGAAAUGUAAAACCUGUCAGUCACAUGGCAGAUUAUUUGUAAUGACAGCCAGAAACUUGUGAAUUCAAUGAAUAAUGUUAGCUUACUUCUCAUGCUUUAGCCUUAAUUGUUCAAUGAGUAAUUUACAUGAAUAAUUGUCUUUUUACAUAAAUAUCUUACAUGAAUGAUUGGCUGUUUCCAUAGAUAAUGAGUAAUUUACAUGAAUAUUUGUCUGUUUACAUACAUGAAUGAUUGACUGUUUCCAUAGGUAAUGACUAAUUUGAAUGAAUAAUUGUAAACAAUUGUCUGUUUACAUAAAUAUCUUACAUGAAUGAUGGUUUUUUCCAUAGAUAAUGAGUAAUUUACAUGAAUAAUUGUCUGUUUACAUAAAUAUCUUAUAUGAAUGAUUGGGUGUUCUCAUAGAGUGUGAGUAAUUAACAUGAAUAAUCGUCUGUUUACAUAGAUAAUUAGUAAUUUACAUGACUAAUUGGCUAUUUACAUUAUCAGAUGUAGCAUACAUGUAUAAGAUAAGAUGUGACUGUCAUUUCAGUGUUUUUACAUGGGAUUUAUUUAUUUACUAUUAAUUACCACAUGAUUUUUGUUUGUUUUUAUUAGCAUCGGGAAAUCAGUGAAGCACAAAGUGUUAAUAACUUUAUUAAACUUUUUUCGACUAUACUUAGGUUUGUUUUUUAAACAGAUUUACAAGAUCUUAAUAUUGGCAGCAAAAAAUGCCACUAGUAUAUAUAAAGGUAGAACUGAACUUUAAGUAUAGGUCGUCCAUAUAAUUAUCCCUAAAUAUAACUGUAGAUUGUCAUAAAUUUAAAGCUGGACCAGUUCCUAGCUUUUGUAAAUCAUUGAAAGAAAAGUUAAUCUGAAUUCUUAUAGAAUUAAACAGAAUAGACAAUGAGAAAACACUGGAAAAAAAACAAGUGAAUGAUAUUUCAUUCCUUCCAAAUCUAUUUGAAAGACCCUGGGAAAUUGUACUCUUGAAUUUAAAUGUUUCUAACAGAAUCUCUUUACCUGAUUUGAUUUACAUGUGAUCUGUAAUAUUUUUCCUCAGUUUAUUAAUUCUUUAAUGUAGGCAGUGAUCAUGAUAAGCAUCGGCACCGGUAUGGUAUACACCCAUUCCAAUUGUCUAAGCAUGAUUUAUACCAACACCUGCAUUAUUGUAGUGAAAUAAUCUGUUAUUGUUAAUCUGAUCCAAAUUUAAUUUUAUAAGCAUUUGUUGUAACAAAAAAACUAUUAAAUUGAUAUUGAUGUGGAAUAUGUUUUAAAGACGGUAUUUUAUAUUUUGCUCAGUAGAAUGAAUAGUUUUAUCUUGUGUAUAUUUACCUUGUAUUAUUUAUAUGAUAUACAUGUAUUUAUUGAUUGUCCCAGAGUCUAUGACAAGUGUUCCGUCCAUAUUUUUUCUAAUUUGUAUUUACACCUUUCAUUUUUUUUGUGAUGUUUUUUUUUGUGUUGUUUUUUUGUGUGUUCCUUUGUAAGUUAUCAACACAUCAUCAUUUCUGUAUACACUGUUAAGUUUAUAUGUGGACUAGGCUUAAUGAUAAUGAUUUUAUUUUUACAUUGGUGACCGUAAAUUAUACAGUAAAAUCAGUUCAGAUACCUUAUAAAUAUUAUACCUUAUAAACGUUAACUUUAUUUAUUUACAGUAAUAUACUACAAGUGACAAGAUGUACAUUAUUGUUAGCUAAAAAUAAAAAAACUAACUUCUUUACCUAACAUACUGUAUUUUACAUUUAUAUUUUCAGUCCCUUUGCAUACUUACAUUCCAAAGGAUUAUUUUAAAGAAACUUAUGUGCACCAUGGUUGUAUAGCAUGUAUUUAAACAAAUAACAACGAAUUUUAAAGGCCCAUUAUGCCCCUGAAAUAACUUAUGACUUUUAUUUUUUUAAGCUUUUUAUUUUUGAUGAACGUUUUUUCCACAAAAAGCUAAUCAUUGGCCAAUUACAUGAACCAUCGUUUCCCUCCUGUUGCUUUUAUAGUGAUUAAGUAUUUUGUAUGGAAGUCAAAAUACUACUUUGUUUACAUUUUGCUACUUAAAUGACAAAUUAUUUCACAUUUUAGAGCUACUUUCUUCAGGUAACAAGUAUCUUACAUGCCCUAAAACCAUAAUUUAAACAUUAUAAAAUUCAUAUUUGCUCUUUCUAAAGUAAAAAUUUAUUGGUUUCUGAAGCAUAAUGUGCCUUUAAUAUAAAAAAAAGUUUAUUCAUGAUUUAUUAUUUAUCUUUGUCUUGAAAAGUUCAGUUUUUAAAAGAGUAUAAAAUAUAGGCAACCUAUUCAUGACUGAGGGUUUUGUUUAAAUAUACUAUAUAAAUCAUGAUUGAUAGCUUAAUACAAUAUUUUGUUUAUCUAUGGCUUAUGUCAUCAAAUGUUCAUGAGUUGUUGAAAAGGAGUAUUAGUUUUAACAUAUGUAUAU